GAAACUGAUAUCCACAGCCACCACUGCAUCCCCACUGUUCUGAAGGUAGAAGGCCACGUGGCGAACAUCUCGACUGGAGAGAGGUAUGCCAGACAAGUCAACUGUGUCAGUGGAUACUUUUCUCUGCAGGGUUGUCUUGAGACUGUAAAGAAAAAAAGUGUUGGAUAUUGACCAUUAUUUGAGACAUUCUUGGAUAUGAAAGUACAAACGCUCAGUUAAGAUAUCUCCGAGCUUACACUCUUAGAAAAAAGGGUUCCAAAAGGGUUCUUUGGCUGUCCCCAUAGGAUAACCAUUUUUGGUUCCAGGUGUAAGCCUCUGUGGAAAUGGUUCUACAUGGAACCCAAAGGGCUCUACCUGGAACCAAAAAGGUUUGUUCAAAGGGUUCUCCUACGGGGACAGCCAAAGAACCCUUUGAGGUUUUAGAUAGCACCUUUUUUUAAUGAAUGAGGGAAAUAGAGGGGCUGAGUACUGAUAUUUUGGUCUUAACUGUACCAUCUAAGUGUGUAAGCAGGGAACAUGGCAUUGUGUCAUAUUGUGUUUCCUGUGAUGUGUAAAAGAGGGAGGUUGGGCAUGCUUGGAGAGGAAGGCUGAUAUAGAUUCUGCAGCAUGAGGAUUUAGCAGUGUACACAGUGAUGGUCCAAAACAUCCGAAACAUCCAAGCUCCUCAUUCAGAGAAUGAAAAGCUUUGACUUCCUUAUUACCAAGAGCCAAAAACACUCACCAUCUGAUUAUAUGACACUUCAUUUGAAAGCCAAACCAACCUGUUUUAAUGACUGAAACAAGAAAAUAUCUAGACAGACAAACGGCAGAAAAAUUAGUUAUAGAUUUGGGAUUGUGGCAACAGGAGAGGGUGGCAGAAAUAUUUGAUUGAUAAAAAUAUUUAACACUUUAAGCCAUCAAAGAGAAAACAUGGAAUUAACAGAUUUGACCAGCGUAGAAAAUGCAUGGGAGCCUGUCAAGGCAGCUGAGGCAUGGGAGCAUGUCGAGCCAGCUGAGGCAUGGGAAUCCAACAAACCAGCUGAGGCCUCCCAGGUAGCUUCGGUUCUGACACCCGGACCUGUCGUCACCUACAAAAAACUACAAAAAACACUACCUGAUGCUUCCCUUUGGUGAGGCGUUAUUCCGUAACGAUGUGCGCUGAGAGUCGGGAAGCAAGUUCAGGGAGUAAGUGUUUUAAUAAAUAAACGUAACAUAUUACAAAACAAGAAAACACGAACAACGCACAGACAUGACACAGAAACAAUGAUGCCUGGGGAAGGAACCAACAAGGGUGACAUAUAUAGGGCAGAUAAUCAAGGAGGUGAUGGAGAUCAGGUGAGUGUCAUAAUGCGCUGAUGCUAAUGAUAGUGACAGGUGUGCGCUAGAACGAGCAGCCUGGUGACCUAGAGGCCGGAGAGGGAGCACACAUGACAACAUUGGGUUGUUAUUUUACCUGAAAUGCACAAGGGCUUCUACUCUGACAAUUAAUCCACAGAUGAAACGGAAAAUGGUCAGAAAAUCCCUGGUGGCUGGGCUGGUAGUUUUGCUGGUGGCUGCAGUGGGAGUGUUCGUGGGGGUGUUCAUGGGGAUGGGAAACAAGAGCCCCAUCUCCCCCUCAGACCAUUUCUACUCCAAAGCUGCCGUGGCUGCAGAUGCUGGAACGUGCUCUGAGGUGGGAAGGGACAUUCUAAAGAGGAAUGGUUCAGUGGUGGAUGCAUCUAUCGCCGCCCUUCUGUGUGUUGGCCUCCUGAACGCUCACAGCAUGGGCAUUGGAGGGGGGCUCUUCUUCACAAUCUAUAACGCUUCCACAGGGAAGGUUGAAACCAUUGACGCGAGGGAGACAGCACCCAUGAACGCGACAGAAGACAUGUUUGGCAAUAACACCCAGCUUUCUCGGAAAGGUGGAUUGUCUAUUGCCAUUCCUGGGGAGAUCCGUGGUUACGAAAUGGCACACAGGAGACAUGGCAGGCUGCCAUGGAAGGAUCUGUUUGAGCCAAGCAUUGCUUUGGCACGCAUCGGUUUCCCUAUAGGCAAAGCCCUGGCCAAAGCCAUCUCCAAGAACAAGGACGCUAUUCAAGGAGAUGCCAAUAUGUGUGAAGUGUUCUGUGACUCCCAGAAAAACAUCCUGAAGGAAAAUGACAUCGUUAAAUUUCCCAAAUUAGCAGACACCUAUGAGAGGAUAGCAGAGGAGGGACCGAAUGUUUUUUACAAUGGGACAAUGGCGCAGACAAUUGUGGAUGACAUCCAGGCAGCAGGAGGGAUUAUAACCCUGGGGGACCUGCUGGAGUACCGGCCUGUGUUGAAUGAGAACCCACUGAAGCUGACCGUGGGAGAGUACACCAUGCACGUCCCAGACGCCCCCUCCAGCGGCCCAGUCCUGGCACUCAUACUCAACAUAGUGGACGGGUAUAAUUUUACUGGCACGAGUGUCUCUACGGCCGAGAAAAAGACUUUGACAUAUCACCGCAUCGUGGAAGCAUUCCGAUUUGCUUAUGCCAAGAGGAGCAGACUAGGGGACCCACGCUAUCUCAAUAUCACCGAUCUCAUCCACAACAUGACCUCAGACUACUUUGCUGAUGGGAUCAGGAGUAAGAUCACAGAUGACACCACUCAUCCCGACAGCUACUAUGAGCCAGAUUAUUUUGUCCCUGACAAUCACGGAACAGCACACCUGUCCGUCAUAGCUGAGGAUGGAAGUGCUGUGGCUGCCACCAGCACAAUCAAUCUAUAUUUUGGCUCCAAAGUCAUGUCCCGAUCAACUGGCAUCAUUUUCAAUGAUGAGAUGGAUGACUUCAGCUCUCCACACAUCACCAAUGGCUUUGGAAUCCCUCCAUCUCCUAACAACUUCAUCCAGCCUGGUAAAAGGCCUCUAUCUUCUAUGUGCCCAACUAUUAUCUUGGACAAAGACAAUAGAGUUAAAAUGGUGGUGGGAGCCUCUGGUGGAACAAAGAUCACCACAGCGACUGCCCUAGUGAUUCUGAAUUCCUUGUUCUUUGACUACGACCUCAAAAAAGCUGUGACACAACCUCGAAUUCACAAUCAACUUAACCCAAAUAUGACAGUAGUGGAGCAUGGCUUUGAAAAGAGCGUAUUAGAUGGUCUGGCACAGAAGAACCAUGUAACAGAGCUGCUGAUGACUCCUGGAUCAGUAGUUCAGGCGGUGGUGCGACAGGGGGAGCGGCUCUGUGCUGAGUCCGACCCCAGAAAAGGGGGUUAUCCAGCGGGCUACUGAGUCUCCAUAAAGAAACAGGGCCAUUAAGAGACAGGGCCAUAGAGAGGCCAUGUAUCUGCAAUGAAACAAUGGCUCCUCAAGGAGGCACAGCCACUUUUUCUUCAGCCUAAAUUCCUUUCAAGACAUGGAAAAUGACUUUACUCCACAUCAAUACCUCCUCUCUUCACACCAAAUAAUCGGCAACUUUUAUUUGCUUUUAUUUCAGCAUUAUUUAUUUUUGUAUUUUGAAAAAGAAGUGCGAUUGCAACUCUGAGAGUGGCAUUUUUUAAAUCCUUGUUGUAUCAAGAGAUCAUUGUCAAUUAUCCUAAAGAAAGAAGUUUAUUUAUGCAAUGCAGUGGGGUAGCAGAACGCUGGACUGUAACUGUGGUUUCCUGCUGGUUGUAAAUACCAAUGGGCCAGAACUGAAAUGGACACCAUGGAUCACCUGAUGUACAUUCUGAAAUAGUUUGCUUAUGAAAUAUUAGCCAACAUAUUAGUCAAAUUACUCUGUGAUGAUGAGCAAUCAUUCUGUUUGACAGAAAAAUAGCCAUUUAUCUGAGAUUUAAGAAAGGUCAUGUUUUAGGGGAUAAUGUGAACACCAAUAUGAAAGGUUGUCAAAGUAGUUUGUCUCUGUCCAUUGAACAAAUCAAAUAUUGAGAAAUGACUGUUUUGUCUCUCCAUCAAGGAAAAAUGGUCUGUAUGUUUUAACCAUGUAAAAUACCACAGUUGGUCACUGAAAACUCCUCGACUUCCACCUCAGGUCUUAACAGGUCAGGUUGUCAGAUCUGUUGGUGCUUUAUGGGUUGGCUAAAGCACAAACAGAUCUGUCAACCAGGCUACAGGUCUACCAUCUGCCUUAUGAAGAUGUUGGUCACAGGUAGCUACAUUUUUAUUUUCAUGAGAAUUCUGAUCUGUAACUCUAAAACAGUGAUUUCUGUUUUACUGAUUUCAUCUCAACUCUGCCCAUUGCCCAUGGGGGCCUGCUGUUAAUAAGGGCUCAAAUAUGGCUGCCAUUGACCUAUUGAAAUGGUAUUUUUAUAUUUUUUUGUGAUGAGGAUUGUUAAGAAAGACACAUUUUUAAUGUUUAAUAUCGAGUAAGUGAAUUUAGUGUAUUUAAAAAAAUACAUGUGGUGCAGAUAUAUUUUUUAAAACUUGCAUUGUUCUCAUGCCAUGCUUGUUGCCAUGCUUGUUAUUAAACAUUUUAAACAAA